AUGACCAGCCGGAGCUUGCCGAGCUGGGCUUUGAUGCUACUUCUUUCCAGUACUGCCUGCUCUCUGGACUGUCACUUUCAACGGAGGGGCAUCUGGGAGAUUGUACAACAUUUAGAGAACCUUGGAGGAAAAUUUCCCCUGAGAUGUCUGAAGGACAGAAGCAACUUCAGAUUCCUCCAGGUUGCAAAAAUCGACCAGCUUCCGGAGGAAACUGCUUUCCCGGCCAUUGGAGAAAUGCUGCGACAGGUCUUCAACACUUUCAGCCUGAAUGUCUCCCAAUCGUUGUGGAAUGAAAGCCGUUUAGAGAGACUCCUAAGUGGACUGUAUCAGCAAACGGAGAAGACAGGGGUAUGCCUGGAGCAGGACUCUGGGCAGGAGGAUCAUUCAUCCUCGCAAAGGGAGGGUACCAGACUUGCAAUAAAGAAUUAUUUCCAAGGCAUCCGUGACUAUUUGCAAGGCCAAAAGUAUAGCCACUGUGCCUGGGAGGUCAUCCGUGUGGAAAUCCGAAGGUGUUUUCUCUUCAUUGAGCAGCUGACAAGAAGACAUCGGGACCAAGAAAUAGGUCACUUACAUAACUAA